AGUCCAGAUGCUGAGAGCGUUGGUGGAGCAGCGACUAACUGCGGCUGCUGAAGAGAUAUUUGGGCUGUUUGAAAGAACGAUAGCAGAGUACGAGGAGGAACUUUGUCGUUCAAAAGAGGAGAACGAGCGACAACGGGAGCUACUGGACGCUGUUUACAACCCUCAGCUUCGGCUACACAGAGCAGAUGUUGAGCAGCUGUCGGGGGUUAAAGAAGAGGUUCCCCCUGAGCAGCAGGAGUAUAGCUCCAGUGUGGACCAGCAGGAGCCAGAGCCCCCCCCACACAUUAAAGAGGAACAGGAGGAACUGUGGAGCAGUCAGGAGGGAGAGCAGCUUCAAGGGCUGGAGGAGGCUGAUAUCACCAAGUUCCCAUUCACUCCUGUCCCUGUGAAGAGUGAAGAUGAUGAAGAGGAAGCUCAGUCCUCACAGCUUCAUCAAAGACAAACUCAACACAUGGUAACAGAAGCUGAUGGAGAGGACUGUGGAGGACCAGAACCAGCCAGGAACUCACAUCCAGAUCCACUUUUACAACCAGAGACUGAAGACCAGACUGGAGACUCUUCUGAACCUGAGACUGAUGACAGUGCUGAUUGGAAGGAGACCAGAGAACCUCAGUCAGCUUUAAACUCUCUGAAACAUGAUUCAAGAUAUUUACUAAAACACAUGAGAACUCAUACAGGAGAAAAACCUUUCAGCUGCUCAAUCUGUAAGAAAUCUUUUACAGAGAGAGGAAGUUUACGGUCACACAUGGUAGUCCACACAGGAGAAAAACUUUUCAGCUGCCCAGUCUGUAAGAAAUCUUUUACAGAGAGAGGAAGUUUACGGUCACACAUGGUAGUCCACACAGGAGAAAAACCUUUCAGCUGCUCAGUUUGUAAUAAAUCUUUUACACAGAGAGGAAGUUUACAGUCACACAUGGUAGUCCACACAGAUGUGCAACAGUGGUUGGUGAUUAAAGAAGAGGUUCCCCCUGAGCAGCAGGAGUGUAGCUCCAGUGUGGACCAGGAGGAGCCAGAGCCCCCCCCACACAUUAAAGAGGAACAGGAGGAACUGUGGAGCAGUCAGGAGGGAGAGCAGCUUCAAGGGCUGGAGGAGGCUGAUAUCACCAAGUUCCCAUUCACUCCCGACCCUGUGAAGAGUGAAGAUGAUGAAGAGGAAGCUCAGUCCUCACAGCUUCAUCAAAGACAAACUCAACACAUGGAAACAGAAGCUGAUGGAGAGGACACAGUACACAGUAGACAUCUAAUGAGACACAUUAAAACUCAUACAGGAGAGAAGCCUUUCAGCUGCUCUGAGUGUGGGAGAAGAUUUGGCCGCAGUACACAUCUAAGGAGACACAUUAAAAGUCAUACAGGAGAAAAACCUUUCAGCUGCUCAGUUUGUAAUAAAUCUUUUACACAGAGUGAACAUUUACGGUCACACAUGAGAACUCACACAGGAGAAAAACCUUUUAGCUGCUCAGUCUGUAAGAAAUCUUUUACACAGAGUGGAGAUUUACAGUCACACAUGAGAAUCCACACAGGAGAGAAGCCUUUCAGCUGCUCUGAGUGUGGUAGAGCUUUCACUGAACGUGGACAUCUGAAGACCCACAUGAUUACUCAUUCUGGAGAAAAACCUUUCAGCUGCUCAGUCUGUAAGAAAUAUUUUACACACAGUGGAGCUUUAAAGAUGCACAUGAGAACUCACACAGGAGAAAAACCUUUCAGCUGCUCAGUCUGUAAGAAAUCUUUUACACAGAGUGGAAAUUUACAAAAACACAUGAGAAUCCAC